AUGACUAAAAAGCCACACAAGUCGCUCGCCCAAGAGGUGUCAACAUUGGGCGGUUUCCUUGCAGGAGGAAUUGCUGCGUGUGGGGCGGUAACUUUUAGAAACCCCAUCGAGCUUAUCAAAACCCGGAUGCAAUUGCAAGGUGAACUUACAAAGAUGUCCAAUGCGCCCCGCUUGUACACAAACCCGCUUCAGGCUUUCGCUGUGAUUUACAAAAACGAAGGAAUACGGGGAUUGCAACAAGGUUUGGUAUGCGGCUAUUGGUACCAGAUGGGACUCAAUGGUUGUCGUAUUGGUCUCUAUGAGCCAUCUCGAAAAUACUUGACACAGUUGCUCCAUCCGGCCGACUACUCGGACGAUGUUAGUAAGAUUCCGCAGAACUUGCUUAUCAAUGUGUUGGCAGGUUUUGUCUCUGGUGGUACGGGAGCUGUGAUUGCCAAUCCGCUUUUCCUAAUCAAGACGAGGAUGCAGUCUUAUAACAAGGCCAGUUCCAAGUUGCAGGUCAGCGUGGGCCAACAAACCUACUACAAAGGUGUUUUGGAUGGAUUUCGCCAGAUUUAUGCUGCUGAGGGUGUACGCGGUUGGUUCCGGGGUGUUGACGCUGCUGUCUUGCGUACGGGAGCAGGCUCUUCGGCUCAAUUGCCGGUGUACAACUUGACCAAAAACUACUUGUUGAACCAUAACUUGAUGGAGAAUGGUUCCAUUGGAUUACACUUUGUAUCUUCAUCUAUGGCCGGGCUUGGAGUGGCAAUAGUAAUGAACCCAUGGGACGUUGUCUUGACUCGAUUGUACAACCAGAAGGGCGACUUGUAUAAGGGACCUGCGGAUUGUUUUGCAAAAAUCAUCAAGACAGAGGGUCCUUGGGCGCUUUACAAGGGUUUUUGGGCGCAAUUGCUUCGGAUCGGUCCACAUUCAAUUUUGACGUUGAUGUUUAUGGAACAAGCAAUGAAGUUGGUCUAUCUGGCGGAGCAGCUCUUGUAA